UCAUUCUUUGGGGACACAUACGGAGCGUGACGUCAUUGCGGCGCGCGCGAUUCGCCACCCAUCAAUUACAGAGGAGACUAUUGAUAUAAGAAUAUAUCUGAUUUAUCGAUAAUAACACGAGGUAUGGAGUCAAAUGAAGAGAGCAGCGAGCAGCAGGAGAAAAGCACGCGCACCGCCGCUCAAAGACGCGCGGAGAUCCGAAGGAGAAAACUGCUGCUAAAUUCAGAGGACCGAAUGAAGAAGAUCGUGGGCUUUAACAACAGCGACACUCCAGCUAGAGGUGUUGUGGAGCCUCGCUUCCAUCUCGAUCUGGACAGGAACGAGCCCUGGUCUUCAUCUUCCUCUUCUAAAAGACUCUCGCCACACGUGGCCGAGGCUUCUGGGAUCAACAGCGAGGCGUCUGAGAGAAAUGUCUGCGGUGAUGCCGUAGGUGAGGAUGAAGUGUCUCGUGGAGUACGACAUAGACCUCACGGGGAGCUGUCGGGGGACGAACACUCUCGCUCUCCUCGCAGGGGUUUACAAAAGUACCUGUGUCGCUUUGAUGAUGCAGUGAAGCUAAGAGGACAGCUGGCCAAUGAGAAAGCAGCUCAGGAUGGCAGUGUAGAUGUAGAGGAGCUGGACACGUUUCGUUUCUUCAGGCUCGUCGGAAGCGUCGCUCUUGCUGUCUUUGUGCGCAUCUUUGUCUGCCAGUACUUGUCCAUAUUUGCACCAUUUCUGACUCUUGAGCUGGGCUACAUGGGAUUGCAUAAAUAUUUUCCAAAGGUGGAGAAAAAGACCAAGACGACAGUGUUGACCGCUGCUCUCCUGCUGUCCGGGAUUCCAGCUGAAGUGAUCAAUCGAUCUAUGGACACCUACAGGAAAAUGAGCGACGUCUUUUCAGACCUCUGUGUUUACUUCUUUACGUUUAUCAUGUGUCAUGAGCUGCUGCUGCUGUUUGGCUCUGAAAUGUCUUGAUGGAGCAAACCACAGUGUUUGAAUGGUGUCUCAUAUCAGUUAAUGGCUACUUCAACACUAAAGAUUUAAACCUUCAGAAAAUGAGUCUGCUGUGAUAUAUUGACACUGUCUGUACACGAGGCCUGUGAAAAAGUUUACUUCUUACAGUAUUGUUUUGAUCUGACUUAAAAAUAUUUUGUUUUUGUUUCCUUCACAAUAUAUUUAUAUUUGUCUGCUAAUAUUAAUUUUAAGUAGUGUUGCAGAACAGAGGUUAGAGUUGACCAGAGAAACUAGUGAAGUUCUUAAACCGUAGUAAAGUUUGUUUAGUGAAUGCUCUUUUGACAAGUCUGUCAAGUCCAUGUCAUAUUUCUCAAUAACACCAAAAGGAAAAAAGAAAAUAAUAUGCAAAUUAGAAUUACGAUUGUUUGUAAAGAAUUAUAAAAGUUACUUUCUUACAAUAAAGCCCCCCGCCACACACAAACAUAUAAAUGCACAUUACUAAAGUUUGAAUAAUUUCUUGGGGAUCCUUAAUGAUCUAUUUAUUGUUUUGUUUUUUAUUGAGAUUUAGUCAAACUCACCAUUUGCCCAAAAUUAUAAUGCUGGACCAACAAAACCAGUCUACACUACUCUUAAACAAAGAUUUAUAACUUAAAAAAGUGAACUGCUUCCAGCUUUUAAGAACAAAAAUUGUCCCAUCUAAAAUCUUAAAUAGCAAUUUGAUGAGACUUCAGAAUUAUCUUCUGAGAAUGUACACACUAUCGUCAUCAUUGCCUUUAUAGUUGUAUUAGAUAGAACAUUUUUAUGUUGUAUAGCUGUGCAUUUGUGCAUUUGUCUUUAAAAUGACUUUACUUGCAGUUUAACGUGCAUUUAUUUUAAUCUGUUAAUUGUAACCUUAUUUAUUUGGAAAUUAAUAUAGAAUUGACCAUUAGUUUAUCAUUGGUUCUGAUGAUAUGUCAUAAUCCUGUGAACCGUACUCUGAUGUAUUACUGUGUUUUUAUUUGCACUGCUAAGUUGAACACCACUGCUUGCGAUUGUAACGAUGUCUUUUAUUAUGAAAUGGAUUAAGGAGGAGCUCCUGCUAAAUCCAUGAAAUAAAUAUGUAAUUCUGA